AUGAAAGUCCCAAAAAUUGCUGAAGAGGAAGCACCAGUCGAUCCAAGAGUUUCUAUGAAAGAGCAACUGAAAACCGAUGAGGGAGAUCUCGCAAAUCCGUUGGAUAACGAAAACCGUGUUUUUUCCCAAUGGACCAAAAACUUUACUAACGUACCGGACUUUAGAUUCCCCGAUCUUUUUAAUUACCUGGUGGGUAAAGAUCCCGUAUACAACAGCGAAAGCCUAAAAGUUACAAAUCUUUAUUGGGGUACAAAUUAUUUUUUGAUGGACAUGUGGAAGAACUUUGGUAUCAUCCACCUCAACCCAAUAGUAAUUACAGUUAUUUUAAGUUUGCUGUAAAGCCAACUGAAAAAUCCAAGACUGAUGAUGGUUCAGCAACAUACAGAGGGUUUUUCAUUUUAAAGAAGGAUGGAAGUGUCAAUUCAGCCUACUGCUUAUGCAAAGGAGGGUAUGUAUUUUCUUCUUCUGAUUUCUGAAGCCUGUCUAUGUGCUUGAUAUUCCAUAAACAUACGUUUGAGAAUCAAAACGUUUGGUCUUUUCGGUUGUUUUUCUCUGUGACAGGUUUUGUUUUAUUCAGAUUCGAAGGUUUAUAUUUUCCUUGUAGCAGUUGUAACAUGAGUAAAAAGUAGAUGCCUCCUGAAUUGAAGAUCUAAAUCAAUGGAUGCAUUAUUUUAAGUCUCAAACCUUCUGGAUCACUUAUGACUUCAGCACUAAGUAUUAAAACAGUGGUUCAAAGUCAGAAUCUGUGAGCCUAGUAACUGAACUUAUUGGCUACUUUACGGUCUAUCAGUGUGAACAAUGUGAGAUACAUAUUUGUCAUAUUGGUCCUCCUUUAAACAGGGCAGAUGGAGGUUGCCGACACAUAGCUGCAGCAUUGUUUGAUCUAGAAGCAAAUGUGAGAUUCAAUGAUCUCCAAUCAUGUACAUCAGGACAGUGCAUGUGGAAAAAGAGAGGAAAGAGAAAUGAGGGAAGUUUGCCCAUUCAGGACCUUCAAACGAGUGGUAGUUACGGUGUGACAUUGAAAGACCCAAUUCACCCAAGAGAUUUUAAUCCAAUUUGUAUUCCCUAUAAUGUGACUGAACUGGAACAAGAUUUUAAAGCUGGGUUGCUGGAAACAUGUCCUAGCUCUUCAGCUCUGCCUUUUUUAUCUUCAACUAAAGGACCCAGGCAUACAGAGGAAGAAGUCAGAGCUUUCAUCAGCAGUGAUGUUAAUGUCUGUAAAGAAGAAAGUGUUCAAAGUGUACAUGUAUAUUCAAUGAAUGAUUACGCCAAAGUGUUUGUUUCUGUUAAUACUGAGAAAGUGAUGCCUACAGUUUCUAAAGAACUUGCAGUUGAAUUCCUCGAGUCUAUUCCAUUUAAUGAAGAGCAAGCAGAAAUGAUCAACAAGAAAACUGUCUAUCAAUCCCAGUCUCAAUUUUGGUUUGAUCAAAGGGCAGGAAGAAUUACAGCUUCCUCAUUUUACACUGUGUGCCACCUUAGAGAGAGCACAGACAGAAGAAACACUAUUAAACAUCUCAUGAAUUACUGUCCAAUUGCUGAAGAUGCCAUGCCACGACAGUUGACAUGGGGGCAUGAAAAAAAGAAAAGCGAGCACUUAGUCUUUACAUAA